AGGUCCAAAAGGUUUCACCAAAAAUCCCCUCCCUAGACCCAUAAAGCAAACACAUGCAAAGAGAGUUGAAUUACGAGGCAAUUAUUAUUGGCAAAGGCGACAUUCUAUCAGACAUCUAAACACUCUCAUCUCAUCUGCGUUGAUUUCUGCGUUUCUUCCUUCAUAGAAGUACAAGAUGCUCACAGGGCUAAAUUUGGGAAGUCACCUUCAACCCAGAGUCAUAAACUUGCACCAGAGACAAAUCAAUGGUUUGCAUGGUGCAGAAUGGCAUUUGUCGAGGAUAAGGUUGUUACCUAAAAAUUUGAUUAAAUGCACAUUAAAUCAGUCAACAGAAGAUUUCUCUGCUUUCAAGGAACACGAAGAGAAUCGGCCUUUGGUUAAAAUGUGUGGAAUCACAUCAGCUAGUGAUGCUGCUCUAGCAGCGAAAGCAGGUGCAAAGUUUAUUGGGAUGAUUAUAUGGCCCAACUCAAAACGUUCCAUUUCACUUUCUGUUGCAAAGGAAAUAUCACAAGUUGCAAGGGAACAUGGGGCCAAGCCCGUUGGUGUAUUUGUGGAUGAUGAUGCUGACACAAUAUUAAGAGCUUCUGAGGCAGCCGACCUUGAAUAUGUACAGCUUCAUGGAGAUGGUUCUCGGGCUGCAUUUCCAGUUUUAGUGAAAGACAACCAAGUCAUAUAUGUUCUUCAUGCCAAAGAAGAUGGAGAGCUUUUGAACCAUAUUUCAGACCAAGACUGUACUUUGGUUGAUUGGAUUCUUGUGGAUAGUGCAAAGGGUGGCAGAUUGCUGGUAUUGUUGGAUUCUGCGCUGGAAGUAUUUGCAGUUACUAAAUGCGUCAGCUGUUUCUUUAUGUGUGCUUGCCCUUAAUGGCUUUCUUCAGCAACAAUAAAGAAUCAGCUCUGAAUGGCUUUCUUCAGCAAUGAUAAAGAAUCAGCUACUGACUUCAUAAAUUCUAGACAUUUUACAAAAAAUUUAGACAGUGGGCUUUGAAGCCACUCAAUAGUGAGUCCUUCAGGUUCCAAAAUUGUCCAAAUUGGAGAGGAUGAACAAUUGAAGAAAGAAAUCCUCUUCUUCUUCUUCUUCUUCUUCUUCUUCUUCUUCACUUUAUUUUUUUAUUUCAUUUUUAUUGUUUGGGUUGGCUAAAUUUUUGGCCUAAGGUUAUGUUUUUAUGGAUUUACAUUUCUCAAAAUGUUGCGACACUUUUCCACAGCUGGUAAUCAUAGUUAAUAUCAGAUAUCCUCUUUCAAUUAGGAAAUAAGAGCCAUUUUUUUAAUCUUCUGUUACUUUCCUGCGCUAAUACAUCAUUUUUACCUGUCCUGCUUCACUCAU